AUGUCGAUGAUUUUCACUUGCAGCCUAUUGGGCGAAGACCUGGUCCUAGCUUGUGGCGCCACCAGCGACGUCGCGGAGCAUCUGGAGUUUGCUGUUGACAUAGAGGAACACCGACCGGGCCUGGAGCACCAGGCCCUGUCGAGGAGGCAGGACUCCGAGUUUUUCUCUUGUGAGGACGAGGUCAGUUGGGAGAAGAUUCCAAGAAGUACAGCCCCUACCACGGUGCCUUCCGACACUUUCGACCCCAGCGAGGCCAACUCCAGUGAUGAGGUAGCCUCCCACGUCGAGGCAUCACCAGUACGAAGCGAAGGUACGGCAAAGGAGUCUGAGGCAACUCUGCCAAACUUCGUUGUGGACAAGCGCGUAGAAGAGUUGCAGCGACGGUUAGAAGACCUGCUGCAAUCUUCUGACGCGGCACGAGGCAGCAUCGAGAAGCUUGGUGGCUUUCCCGCCUGCCACUGGAGGUUCCUGAGGGCAAGUCACUACAACCUGGACGUGGCCGAACAGAAGCUGCGCGAGACCAUCGAGUUUCGGGCAAGCGAAGGAGCCAACUCUCUCUUGCAGACGCGGGCAGCACAGCAGGUGCAUGAGCAGCUUCACGAGAUCUGGCCAGAGGUCCAGUUGGGCAUUACCAGCGACGGGAGCCCCAUAUCGUUGUUCGAUGCCGGCCAGGCAGUACGUUUCCUCCAGCGCAAUGUCAAAGAGGACCUUGUGCGUCUUUUCUGGCUUUCGUGGAUGGAGCGAAGCUACGAGUUGCAGUGCCGUGGACGCUCAAUGUCCAGCACCAUAGAUCCGCAUGACAUCCCCGGGACCGUGGUCGUAUAUGACUUGAAAGAGCUUCGGCUGUCCCAAAUCACGUCUUGCUUGUCGGGUCUACACCAGUUUUGCCGGGUGCUCGGCCUCGCGGAGAAACACUACCCCUGCGCAUUGCGUAAGGCCAUCAUAUUGAAUGCGCCAUCAGUCUUCAGCAAGAUGGUCUGGCCAGUUGUGCAGAAGGUGCUCGAUUCCGACACCCGGGCCAACGUUGUUGUUUGUGAAUCCUUACAGGCAUUAUCAUCCGACCAACUGGGCUUCAGUCCCAAAGAUGUGAUCCGGCUGAUCGAGACCCGAGUGUGA